CGUAACCAUAGAAACGGCGGGUCGGGCUUCCCGCCCUUUUUGAGGAGUCUCUGACGUCAUCAGCGUGCGCAAGCUCACUCUGGCGCGGGCGUCCAUUGCGCAUCAUCAUAAGGCAGCGGCGGUUGGUUUUCUGAGAGGAUGCUGCUCUUUGGCGUUUAUUGCACUCGCUUUAGGGAUCGUUUCUCAGAAUCAAGGAGUUAGAAGUAAGCUUUCAGAUAAGUGAGGCCCCCGACAGUGCCACUUUUGGACUCGGAAGGGGAAAAUGGAGCUGUCAGGAAUGAAAAAGAAGAGUUUGCUAGGCAUCAAAGAAAAUAAUAAAAAGUCCAGCACUAGGGCUCCCUCUCCAACCAAGCGGAAGGACCGGAGCGAAGAAAAAUCCAAGGAUAGGUCGAAGGAGAAGCCAGCCACAAAAGAGUCGAGUGAGAAGGAUCGCGGGCGCGACAAAACUCGAAAAAGGCGCAGUGCUUCCACUGGCAGCAGUAGUACCAGGUCUCGGUCUAGUUCCACAUCCAGUUCGGGUUCAAGCUCCAGCACUGGCUCUAGCAGUGGGUCGAGUUCUUCUUCUGCAUCGAGCCGUUCUGGAAGCUCUAGCAGUUCUCGUAGCUCCAGUUCGAGCAGCUCUUCAGGCUCCCCAAGCCCUUCUAGACGCAGGCAUGACAACAGGAGACGAUCUCCUUCAAAGUCUAAGCCACCCAAAAGAGAUGAAAAGGAACGAAAGAGAAGGAGUCCAUCACCCAAACCCACCAAAGUACAUGUUGGGAGACUCACUAAAAACGUGACCAAGGACCACAUAAUGGAAAUAUUUUCUACUUAUGGAAAAAUAAAAAUGAUUGAUAUGCCGGUUGACAGGCUCAAUCCACACCUCUCCAAGGGUUAUGCAUAUGUUGAAUUUGAGAAUCCAGAUGAUGCAGAAAAGGCACUGAAACACAUGGAUGGAGGACAGAUAGAUGGUCAGGAGAUAACUGCCACAGCUGUUUUGGCUCCUUGGCCUAGGCUUCCUCCCAGACGCUUCUCUCCUCCUAGAAGGAUGUUACCUCCACCACCCAUGUGGCGUCGCUCACCACCUCGCAUGAGAAGAAGGUCCAGGUCUCCGAGGCGCAGGUCCCCAGUUCGCAGACGAUCAAGAUCCAGAUCUCCCGGCCGAAGGCGGCACCGCAGUCGCUCCAGUUCUAAUUCUUCCCGAUAAAAUACAGGACUUGUCAGCUGCUGCUGCUGCUGCUUCUUUUUUUAAAUUAAAGUGCAUCCAGAUUAAAAUUGUACCUUUAAAAAAUAAGAAAUGGGGGGGGGGAAUGAAAGCUGGGAAAGUGAAGACUUGCUAAGCCUGUUUGUCCUAAGGGGCAGUGAAUUAACAUCCUUGCAUUGACAAAAGUGGUUUCUUAAGGUAGCGGUUCUGUUGGGAGGCAUUAUUUCAGUGUGAAACUUAACUUCAUUUGUCCAUAGUCUGCUGUUUUUAAGACAGUUGAAGUUGAGACCAUUGGAAGUAAAAAAUGGAAUGUUGUAAGGAACAUGUUUAAAUCAUUUUCAGAGUGUCAAAAUGCCCUUUUUCUUCCCAGAGCUUGAAUUCAAAUUACUGGUUUACUUUUCACCAAAAGUGGGCUCCUCUCUAUAGAGUUACAAGGUGCUGAAUUGUCUGUGAUGGUGAAAAUACCUACAAAAUGUUGAAUAGAACACAGGGAGCAUGUAGACAUCUCAUAUCACUUGCAGCUCUUCACCCAAAUCAUCCCAAGAACUUGAAAAAGGUUUUCUUAGUUUUGGUACAUUGUCUGCAUCCCUCACUUCUUCCCGGAUGUAAAUACAUUUGCUUUUCAACAUGUGAAACAAAGUGGCAGAAAAGUGAUUUCCGUCGACCUUUUCUUUGGGGGGACGGUGGUUUGAGACAAACUGGAGUAACUAAAGUUUGGUUUGCUUAAAAGGCAAGAGAUUUGCAGCCUACUGUACAGUCAUUGCUAUAUGAUGUUUGGGGUUUUUUUUUUAUAACUUUGUAGCAUCUUGUAGUCAGGUUGCGUUUGUACCUUAGAACAGCAAAGUUAAAUAAACCAGUCUGGUUUUGAAUAAAUGUGCUCAUUCUGUCA